AUGAAUCGAUCUCGAAUGCUUUGGCGCAAUGCCAAAAGGAAAUUUGCGGAGUGCCGACAUAAGCUGAAAAGUUUGAUAAAGAAAGUGCCAAAGCCUCAUGUACCACAUGUUGUUACGCUCGAUGACGCAGCUAUGGAAGAAAUUUUGAAAAGAUUGGAUCUCAAUGAACGAGUUCGAAUGAGAGUGCUGUCACGACGAGUUCAUGACAUAGUGGAUCGAAUGCCGUUGAUUCUGCCAUUUAUAUUUAUACGAUCUGAUGCUCGAGGAAAUAUCGAGCUGCAUUGCAAUUACAUGGAUGUACUUAUAGACUAUGUGCUGGCUGAUAUGCAAGGCUUCAAAGUUAUCAAUGGCGCUAUCGCAUUCAACUACACCAACGCUAGAAUGGUGCUCACAGCAAUCAUAUCUCGCAUCACUGGAGUAACCCACUUGUGGCUGGAUUCUGCUUGGAACGGACAUAUCAUGCAAACUAUCGUAGAAUAUUAUCAGGCAAUAAACUGUGGCAAUAAAAGAUUGAGGUUUCACCUCGAGCAACUUACUGUAGUUGGAAGCAUCAGAGCCAGUGAUGCUGAUUGGAUGUCCUCACUCAUCCUGCUUUCUCGCCGAACUAUCAACUGCCUUCGAUUUCGUCACUGUCGACUCCAUUCCCAACCCCAAACAGUUCAACUGUGGUCUGCUAUAUCCCAAUGCCAGUCCCUCGCACGCCUACAGUACGAACCGUGUCGCCUGGAUAAGUGGAGCCGAUCGCACUUGAUCGAAGCAUUGGAUAAGAAACCGCUAGAAUCGCUGAUCCUGACUGGAAUCUAUGGUCUCCAGCCUGAAGAUCUCUUCCGCAUCAGCAGCGGUGGCCGUUUGAUAGAGUUGGCUGUUGUAGGAGAACAAAUUAAGCCUUCAAUGUAUUCUGUCAAAGAAGCUAAGGCGAUGGUAGAGAAACUUGAGAAUCUACUUAUUCAGGUUGAUUCAACAUUGUCAAUAGAGGACAACACGGAACGAUCUAACUUACUGCGUGCUCUAACGACAAUGCCAGAAAGUGGCAUCCUAGAAGUGAUUCAUAUUUGUCAUGGCACUGUCACUGACACCGCAAAAGUUAUCGGAUACUGGAUUCAGCUGGCGAGAGACUCUUGCCGCGAAAUCAAGCUAAAACUCGAGGAAUGCUCUCAAGAACGAGCCGAUGCUGCUGUCGGGCGCCUUUUACGAAAGGCCCGUGGUGUCGCCUGUAGUGAAUGGUCCAAAUGCGGUAUAGCGCUGCGAAUGGGUGAAGGACGGCUGACUGUUCUGGAUAAAAAAGCCUGGUUUGGCGACGACGAGCAGUAA